UGCUUUUUGUUCCUUGUAUUUACUGAAGAACUACUGAGGUAUUAAAAAAAUGUCGAAAACCUACCAACGCUAGCUACGAUAGAUAUUGCCAUGAACUCUGCGCACAGCUGAAAAUCAGAAAAAAUAAAUACGCCGACAUCCAAAACGCACGCAUACCAUUAUAGUGGAAGCAUUUGUAAACUCGUUCACGAAGAGAGCGCGAAUUACGUCCUGCCAUCAAACUGCACCACAAUGCGGCAGAACUGUGGAAGAAGACACGCUUUAAUGAACAACCUAUUUGUCGUGGAAAAAAAGAGUCGAUUUUACACUCUGCGCGCCGUUAUUGUACACACAUACGAUUAUCUCAUUUUUGUGCCAUUCAUUUCGAAAAAUUGGACAUCCUACCAAAGCUUCACACUAAUGUUCAACUCGCUCAUUUCAAUUUGUACCAUUGCUGUGCCUUGCACUGGAGAUAAGGAUAUGUUUUUCUUCGGCAAAAGUAGCAUAUCACAAAUUGCAACCCUGGCAAGAAUAUGCUUUUACUUUGUUUAUUUCUAAAAUCGACAGGGUGAUGAUUCAUAGGGAUUUCUGACUUGCGAAAGUCAAUUGUUCUAUAUUCAAACCGAGUUUUCCAGAAAUUGCCAUGUUCUAUCUCAGGCUGGCAACGACAUGCUGUUGGAAAAGAAAAAAAAAAAAAUUCUCUGAAGCUGUGCAGAAUGUGGAGGUUCCCGAUGGCGGAUCAGUCAAGAUAAACUAGCAAAUUAGUAACCAUGACAGCUUGCCAAUACACGUUUUCGCAACAUUUGACUACCCUUGCUGAAAGUUUGUCGAAACCAAAAUAUCGUUCUCCAUCAACUUUUAAUCAAU